UUCACGGCAACAGCAAAACCAGAAACGCCAUUGAAUUGUUUGAGACUCACACAAAGGCCACCGAGCUUCCUCUUCUUCAAGCUUGAUUAGAGUUUGAAACUCUCAGACCCGAAAACAAAAAAAACAAAAACAAAAAUUGAAGAAAAAUGGAGGGGAGGCAGAAAGAGUGGAGCAGAAAGGCUUUGAUGUUAAUGGGUCUUCUUCUUGUGAGCUUCGUCGGGAAAAUCGCAUCUCUUUCGGUGACAGUAAACGACAUCGAAUGCGUAUACGAGUACGUGCUCUACGAAGACGACACCGUUUCGGGGAACUUCGUGGUGGUCGAUCACGAUAUUUUCUGGGGCAGCGAUCAUCCCGGCCUCGAUUUAAUCGUGACAUCUCCUGGGGGUAACACGGUGCACACUUCAAAGGGAACAUCUGGAGAUAAGUUUGAAUUUAAGGCCCCAAGAAGCGGAAUGUACAAAUUUUGUUUUCACAAUCCUUACUCAACACCAGAGACUGUCUCUUUUAACAUACAUGUUGGCCAUAUUCCCAACGAGCACAAUAUUGCCAAAGAUGAACAUCUAGACCCUAUAAAUGUUAAAAUUGCUGAGCUUAGAGAGGCAUUGGAGUCAGUUACAUUAGAGCAGAAGUACUUGAAAGCACGUGAUGUUCGGCAUCGUCAUACAAAUGAGAGCACAAGGAGGCGUGUUGUGAUGUAUACAGUGGGAGAGUAUAUAGCGCUGGCUGCUGCGAGUGCUUUGCAAGUCGUAUACAUUCGCAAGCUUUUUGGCAAAUCAGUUGGAUACAAUCGGGUUUGAGCUGCUUGGUUCUUCAUGUUGUUGUCUAAUUUAACAACAGUAGGGGCCUUGCAUAGUAUUUCAGAUACUUCUUUUGUGUAACAAAUUAUUAAAUAUUUAUAUUACUUGGUUCUUGGUUUUCAAAUA